AUGGCUCCAUUUUUGAGGGGCCUGAUCCGUCGUUUCCUUGCAAGCAGAAUCAGCAAUCCAAGCCCACCAUUUAAUCGGACUGCAUCCUACGCAUACCUGCAAGCUAUUGAUGGCAUGAAACCACCAACAUUACAGGAGAAGAGGGAUACUGAAUCUUCUUCCGAAAAGUACAAUCUUGAAUCUAUUCCUGGGCUUUAA